AUGGGAAGUAUAGGCUCCUUCGAUCUCCCACAUUCCAUGCGAGCCCUAGAGUACUCCGGGCCUCGCAAAUUCAGCAUCGUUGAGAAGCCCCUGCCUAAAAUCCGCGAACACGACAUCCUAAUCAAAGUAAAAGCCUGCGGUGUAUGCGGCACCGACCUGCACAUCCACGACGGUGAAUUCGGCGCUCAAUUCCCCCUCGUCCCCGGCCACGAAACCGUCGGCAUCGUCGCCGCCCUCGGCGCCUCCGUCACCAACUUCACUCUCGGCGACCGCGUCGUAGCCGACAACUCCGAGCUCUGCGGGCACUGCCACUACUGUCGUCGGGGGAAGGAACUCUUCUGCGAGAAUUUCAUCGCGCACGGGGUUAUGGUUGACGGUGGAUUCGCCGAAUAUGCAACAUACCCUGCCCAUCGGGUAUUCAAAUUCGAGAAUCUAUCUGAUGUUGAUGCGACCUUGGUGGAGCCGGCGUCUUGUGCCGCGCACGGAUUAGAUAAAAUCUCCCCGCAGAUGGGAUCAAAAGUCCUCCUGUUUGGGGCUGGUCCGACGGGGUUGAUGCUUGCGCAGUUACUUGGGUUGAAUGGAGGAUGCCAUGUUGUUGUUGCGGCGCCGGGGGGGUUGAAGAUGGAGUUGGCGAGGGGGUUGGAUGCGGCGGAUGAGUAUGUGGAGUUGCCUAGGGAGGUAGAGGCAGCAGAGAAGAGGUUGGGGGAAUUGAAGGAGGAGUAUCCGUAUGGGUUUGAUAUUGUGGUUGAGGCGACGGGGAGUGCCAGGGUGUUGGAGAAGGCGAUACAUUUUGUUACGAAGGGGGGGAAGUUGGUGGUGUAUGGGGUUUAUGGGGAUGAGGAUCGGGUGUCCCUGUCGCCUAAUAUGAUCUUUAAGGAGGAGAUUCAUGUUUUGGGGGCGUUUAGCCAGACGUAUAAGUUUCCGGCGGCGAUUGAUUAUCUUGAUCGCAAGAGGGUUAGGGUUGAAGGGAUUGUUAAUAGGACGUUCAGGUUGGAGGAAUGGGAGGAGUAUCUUGAGGCCAUGAGGAAUAAGUCGGUUGUUAAGGCUGCUAUUGUUUUUGAUUAG